AUGGAAAACACAUCACAAUCAUCUGAGGGAAACUCUUCUUCAUCUGCAGUAAUGGAUUCUAGCAGUCCAUAUUAUCUUCAUCCCUCAGAUUCUCCAGGAAUGAAUCUUGUGAAUUUCGUUUUCGAUGGAACUGGUUUUGCUGCGUGGAGAAGGUCCAUCAUUAUUUCUCUAUCAGCUAAGAACAAGAUGAGUUUUAUUGAUGGUUCUACCGAAAUACCAUCUGCUGAUACACCUGAGUUCAAGUUUUGGACUAGGUGCAAUAACAUGGUGAUUUCUUGGUUGCUUAACUCUCUUUCAAAAAAAAUUGCAGGGAGUGUGAUAUACUCUAAAUCUGCUAAAGAUCUCUGGACUGACCUUCAUGACACGUUUGGAUAUUUCACAAGAAUCAAGAGGAUUUGGGAUGAGCUGGAUGCUCUCUCCAACGGAGAAAUAUGUUCUUGCAACUGCACCUGUGGAGGAAAGAAGAAAGUAGUCAAAUCCAAGCAGGACGAAAGAUUGAUCCAAUUUCUAAUGGGACUUAAUGAUGUUUAUGCAGCAGUAAGAAGCAACAUAUUCAUGAUGUCACCUCUCCCAAAUGUGAAUCAUGCGUACUCUCUCCUCAUUCAAGAUGAGAAACAGAGAGAGGCAUAUGUUAAUCCUAACUUUCCAGGUGACACAUCUUCAUUUCUUGCAACACAUCAGAAUUUCUCAGGUCAGAGGUACAAAAAUACUGAUUUUAGAGCAAGAAAGAACAACAACAAUAACUACAACAACAAUCUGUAUUGCACAAAUUGUAAGAAAUUUGGGCACUCAAUUGCAAAAUGCUACAGAAUAAUAGGUUAUCCACCUGAUUUUAAGUUCACCAAGGGGUCAAAAUCACAACCAAACAACAAAGGGAGUUAUGGCUAA